UUCUCUACUCUUCAGUCUGAAGAAGAUACCUUGUUCAAAUCACCCAUUCAAUCUGCUUCUACAUAUCAAAUCUGUGGAGGACGUAUUCGAUCGAAGCUCAAUGGGUAUUUCGGAUUACUCACUUUGAUCCGAUUUACCAAAUUUCAAGUCAUUGUCUGUAAAUUUGAGUUCUCCGGAUCUUGCCGUCCAGUUGUUCGAUGAUAUUCCCCUGUGAAGGAAAAUAUCAUUCCUCCCAGCUCCUUCUCCAGUUACCUGAUAAUUCCUCCUAGAAUAAGCUUGAAUUUGUCUCAAAGGAAAGGAAGUAUUUUUCUGAUGCCAAGUUGAUGAAUUUAUAGUCAAUCAGGUCUUUUGAGAAUAGGAAAUGGCAAUUCGCUUGACACAUUUGCGAAAACCCCUUGCUUAUUCUCGGUCCUGCAUCCCGUUGUCUCGGUCAAUCUCUUCUUUUGAAGCGGUUGAAAAGGCUAUAAAAUGUGCUGUUGAAACAAAGGAGUAUCUUCGAAUCCCUGACCUUGUUGUGUCACUCAAAGAGCCUUACCAAAACUCAACGUUAUUCUCUUUUCUCUCUGCUUUCCACCAUCAUCAUAGAAUCAGAGUCAUUGAUGAAAUCCUCCAAAGUUUUGUGCCUGUGAGACCACGUUCUCUGCCAAAGAUUGUCUACUCCAGCCUUCUUACUUACUGUCUUCAGAGUUCUGAUCCGCUUCCUCUGUCUUUCGCAAUCUUACAGCGCACUCUUCGUUCUGGCUGUCUUCCUAAUCCACAGACACAUCUCCUUCUGUCUGAUGCUUGGCUUGAACGGCGACGAGGAUCCCAGUCUGUUGCAGAUAUUAUUAAUGAGAUGAAACUGAUUGGAUAUAGCCCUGAUACUGGAACUUGCAAUUAUUUAGUUUCCUCUCUCUGUGCUGUUGAUAAGUUGGAUGAGGCGGUUAUAGUUGUUGAGGAAAUGAGUGCAGCUGGCUGUAUUCCUGAUGUGGAAAGUUAUGGGGCGGUGAUUAAUUCAUUGUGUUUGGCUAGAAAGACUAACGAUUUGGUGAAUAUUGUGAAAAAAAUGGUGUGCAAAGCUGGGAUUUCUCCACGGAAAGGGAUGUUGACAAAAGUAGCAUCAGCUUUGAGAGCCAACAGGGAAACUUGGAAAGCCAUUGAGAUGAUCGAGUUUGUAGAAAGUAGAGAUUACCCUGUGGAGUUUGAGAGCUAUGAGGUAGUAGUCGAGGGUUGCCUAGAGGUUAGGGAAUAUAUUUUGGCAGGGAAGAUGGUUAUGAGAAUGACUGAUAGAGGGUUCAUACCAUAUAUCAAGGUUAGGCAAAAAGUGGUCGAGCGUCUUACUAGCAUCGGUGAAUGGAAGCUUGCUUGUACUGUUAGACAAAGGCUUUCGGAACUGAAGUCCUAGGUAUUUCCUGUAGUCGUCAUCAGAUAAAUGUUACAAUUUUGUAAGAAUAGCUGUAGUUCCGAUCCUGGAAUGUGAAACUCAUACCCCAAACUUGGGAAUAUUUUUUGUUGUUUCUGAUUAGACAUAUUUUUGUUUUAUAAUAGUUCAAUUUGCCUCCAUAUCUUGUAAUUGCUGUGCGCUCCAUCUGCAAGUUUGUUGUGUCAAGUGAGCAUAAAGAGAAUGUGUUGGUAUACUGAAAUCAUUGGAAGCUGAUGCUGAAUUUUGUUUUUGCGGACUUAUGUGGAUGCUAUUUGUUGUCACUUGUUGUCAUCAGUCAUCGUAAGAAGUUUAGCUUAUAUCUUAGGUUGUGAGGAUUCUCCUUUUCCAUGAGACCCUUGUGUUUGUUCAAUAUCACUAGACUUAAUGCCAAGCCUUAAAAGAAGCAAGUUAUCAAGCAGAAUGCUUCUAGGAGAAAGUAUCAUCAACUCGUUCAAGCAAACAUCGUGUGCUUAAUUAGGCAGAUUGUCAUACAGAGAGAAUUGUCAUAUUUCUGUUAUCCAAAAGGAAAGGCUCUAAAGCUUCUGGAGAUUUGUAGACUCACUGAAAGGGAUAACUUGCGAGCAUAGCAAUACCACAUUUACCUGUCUGUUCACUUAAACCGCGCUCCAUCCGUACGUAGCCUUCUUCACCCCAGCCCGUUCCCCAUGAAUUCUUUACGAUCCAGUACUUUUGAUCGCCUUCUGCUCCAUAUCCAACAACAGUCACUCCAUGGUUGAGAUUUGUUCCACAGUAGCUUGUGAAAACACCAGAACUGUAGAGCUGAAAGAUAAAUCCACCAGCGUCUAUUCCAACCGAUACUGGCUGUUGAGCUGCAGCUAUUUGUAGGCUCGCCUCGUUCUGGGCUACCUUUUUGAAACCUUGUAUCGUAACCACCUUAUUUUUGGUUUUUUCUUGGUCGCAGGUACCCUCUAUGCCUGUGUAUGGAUAGUCGGUCUCGGUGACGAGUCCACCAUUGGUUUUGAUGUAUUCGAAUGCUGUUUCCAUUAAUCCACCGCUACAGCCUUUGUUCUGCCACUGCAGAGAAUGCCCAGCAACCUCCUGCAUCAAGAAAAAGAAAACGCAAUCAGGAGUCACAGCACCUUGUUUCCUCCAGUCCACAGCAGCCGGCACAUCGCCUGUUGGGUCACAAACCGGCCUCUCUUUCCUGUGUAACCUCGAGGAAGACGUGUUCAAACCGAGAAAAUGGGCCUUAAACUCAGAAUUGGUCAUGUCCGCGAAUCUGUUAUCCGUUAACUUAAAGGGCAAGUGGAGGGAGUUGAUGUAGUCAAUCAACUGGACGUUAGACUGGUAUAUCCCAAACCGUAGCAUCCACUCAUCUCUUCCUCCAUAUAGUUUGCUGUGGGUUUUAAGCCAAUUCUCAAACCGCUGCUUCAAGGUUUUGUGCGGGUCAUACAUAGAGGAAUUGACGGAACAUAGUCUUGAAGCUAUCAAGACAAAGCAAAUCGAAACGACCAAGGUCAGGUUUUGUGUUUUGUUGCAGUUCCAGUGGGACAAGUUUCCUUCUGUCUGAUUCUUAACAAUAUGCAGAUACGUAGCAUACUCGCUGUAAAACUAGUGCUGGUUUGGUUUCUCUGAAAAUUGUUGACAAUUCUGGAGCUAUGGAAAAGCAUGUGACGAAGAAAUUAGAGUCUUCCAGGAUCAAGUUCAUGACUGUCAGAAACCCUGUUGAGAAACUUUUCUCAGAUGUGGUUCAAGACUUGCUUGCUGAAGCCUCUUUAGGUUCUGGAAAACCAUUUUGGUUCCGAAAAUGUAAAACGAGGAUGAUGCUUGGGGUUGCCAUGCCGAUCUUUAUAAUCUGUUUACUUCUCUGAGACAGUAUGUCAUGUCAGUCCAUUGCAGAUGACCGAAACUUGAGUCGCAGACAAAUCUUUGAGAAUGAAGAGCUUUCCGAUGUCACAAGUGCCCAUGUACAAAAACUCUUGAAAGGUUCAUUUACAGAGGGAGUGUCGCAAAAUGAAGAUACUGGUCGUAAGGGGUGGUUGAUUCUAUUUGAUUAUUUGAAGUACGGUCUACAUAUUGAACAACCUGUUCUGGCAAGCGUAUCAGUGGGAUUUGAUGGUUACAUCUGCUUGUGAGAAAUUUAGCUUCAGGUUUGGCAUUGAUGCGAGAUGAUAAAAUCUUGACGAACAAGGCAGAGUAGAGAACAUGAAUACAAAGAAACUCACCGGUCAAGUGGCUGAGCAUAAUCCCCUGCUUCGGUUCUGGAUAGACGUUUCUGGUUUGGUUAAACCGAAAUCAUAUUGGACAGGCCAGAGGGAAAUUGUCUUUGAUUAAUUUGAUAUUUGAUGUAACUAACAAAACAUGUUUUAAGCGUUGGUUAACCGUUGAAACUGAUGUUAAUACUAUAAAUUGUUA